AGCUGUACAAACUUGAUCGUUAACUUGCCACUCGAUUUAAAUGAGAAAAUUGAUCAAGACUGAUUUCAAGUUCGGAAAGUGAGAGUAUGGUAGAAGAAAACUGUGUAUUGCAACUUCAAAGCAAUUUCUUGAUCGUGUAACGUCCGGCUUACUGACAACAAUUAACUGGUAUAUGUGGCCACAGCGUUAGGUUCUGUUGCGACAGUUGCUCUCGUGCUAUUUAUUUUCGUUUCAUUUCUUUGCAACCCUGCACUCUCUACAACCUAACAUAAAAAAAACAAAGCAUGUGCGUUAGCAACCUUGCUGCAAUUUUACAUUUAUCCUUGCGUUAUUGUGCUUUUAAUUUAAUGAACAUUUAAUUUUUGUAAUUGUAAAAUUUUUAUCACACGUGUUGUUAUCGGCGUCAUUACAUUGUAAAUUCUGCUGGAAUCAAAUAAUGUGGGAGAAAUUGUUGAUCACCCUAUAUCAAUUGUUUAUCUAGAAAUUUUGAGUUAUUUUUUAGUUAAAAUCAAUCACAAUUGGUUAACUAGAAUGUGAUUAUUGCUAAAGGUGUUCAAAAUUUUUGCUGCUGCUCCUUGGAAUAUACUAGAAGAGUGCCGUUAGGCGAGAAUCAUACAUACAUAGCUGUAUCUAAUACACUCGAAAGCAGCAGGUUUAGCGUGAUGGCAGCACGCGGACGCGGGUUCCUUUAUUCCCUUAUGGUGGACAAAGAUUCAACUGACUCAUUAUCACAAAAAGACAGUGGGCUGGGAAGCAAAAGCCUUCAAUCUUCGGGAGAGUAUCGUCGUAUCGGGCGAGGCAAGCUUCUGGAUGACCUGGCUUCUUCAUGUGCUAACAUGACUCUUGAGGGUCGUUUUUCCGACGAUACAAAUCAAAGAAAUACAACUUCUUCAAGUGAUUUGAACCAACCUUCUACCUCAGGUGGACGUGGCCGUGCAAAUGUAUUCAAAAGUUUAUUUACUCCUGAGAAACCAGAUGAACCGCUGAAUACUCAGCCUAUAUCGUCUACACCGAUUCCCAUACCUAACGUUGGGUUGGAAUCGAAACCAGAACCCAACAUAGACUUAAUUCAGUCAGAUAUCUAUAACCCAGAAAAGAAGCAUGGUAGUAAGGGUAUGCCGGUGCGUUUAGCAUGCAAUUACAUUCGGUUGUCGUCUGAUCCCGAAAAAGGAGUUUAUGUGUACGAAGUACGAUUUCAUCCUCCUGUAGAUUCACUUAGUUUGCGCAUGAAAUACCUAAAUGAACAUCGCGAUGAAUUUGGAGGCACUAAAACAUUUGACGGAGUAACACUUUAUUUGCCAAUUUUACUGAAAGAAAAAUUAACGACAUUUAUUUGUAAAAGUCUUGCGGACACUUCUGACAUCGAAAUCCGUAUUUUAUUCAAACGAAAAGAAGCUCUCAAAAAUUGUAUACAUCUUUACAACGUGUUAUUCGACAGAGUUAUGAAAACAUUAAAUUAUGUUCGAUUUGACCGAAAGCAAUUCGAUCCAACAGCUCCAAAAAUUAUUCCACAAGCUAAAUUGGAAGUAUGGCCGGGAUAUGUAACCGCGAUUGAUGAAUACAAAGGUGGCUUGAUGUUGUGUUGUGACGUAUCACAUCGACUUUUAUGUCAAAAGACUGUGCUUGAAUCAUUAGUAGAGAUCUAUCGCUCCAACUCAAAGUUGUUUCAAGAAAAUGCCAAAAAAUUUCUAUUGGGUUCCAUAGUUAUAACUCGCUAUAAUAAUCGAACAUAUAGGAUAGACGAUAUUUGCUUUGAUAAAAAUCCAAAAGCAACAUUCCAAACCAAACAAGCCGAGUUAUCUUAUAUCGAUUAUUACAAACAGAGUCAUAAUAUUCUAAUAAAAGAUGAGAGUCAACCGCUUAUAAUUAGCAUAAAGAAGCAAAAAACCGCUGAUAAGCAAGCCGAUGAAGACUUAGUGGUAUGCCUAAUUCCUGAAUUAUGCUAUUUGACUGGCUUACGAGAUGACAUACGUUCGGACUAUAAAUUAAUGCGUGAGAUCGCCACAUUUACAAGAGUCUCCCCGAAUCAAAGACUGCUCGCAUUAGAGAAAUUUUUCAAUAAUGUUAAUAGGUGUCCAGAAGCUCAAAGCAUACUUCAAAGUUGGGGAUUGACAUUGAAGAAUUCUCAUGAAUUUUUGAAUGGAAGGCAAUUCGAAGAAGAGCAAAUAUAUUUUGCUAAAAAGCAAUUCCCGGCUGGAAUAAACGCCGACUUUUCUAAAUAUGUAUGCAGCAAUGAAGUUCUAGAGGUGGUCCAUCUAACAAAUUGGAUAUUAGUACAUUGCAAAAGUGAUACAAGAUGUGCCAAAAAUUUUUACGAGAAUAUAGAUAGGAAUUCUCGUGGUUUAGGAAUACGCGUUGAUAAGCCGAAAAUUGUUACUUUGGAUAAUGAUCGAGUAGAUACUUUUGUGAAGGCAUUGAGAAGCAAUAUAGAUGGUCAAUCGCAAAUUGUGGUAUGUAUAAGUCCAACAAAUCGUGAUGAUCGUUAUGCGGCCAUUAAAAAAGUUUGCUGCGCGGAGAUACCAAUACCUUCACAGGUAAUAAAUGCACGAACCCUUUUGAAUGAGGCCAAAAAUCGUUCGAUAGUACAAAAGAUCAUGUUGCAAAUGAACUGUAAAUUGGGAGGGUCAUUGUGGGCCGUGAAAAUUCCAUUUAAAAAUGUUAUGAUAUGUGGAAUUGAUUCAUACCACGAUGCCGCUCAAAAGGGAAAUUCCGUGGCUGCUUUUGUGGCGUCAUUAAAUUCUUCUUACACAAAGUGGUACAGCAAAGCUGUAAUACAAGGUAAACGGGAAGAAAUCGUUAACGGUUUAUGCUCGUCGUUUACAGCUGCAGUAACGCGUUUUCAUCGAGAGAAUGGACGAUUUCCUGACAGUAUUAUUAUAUAUCGAGAUGGUGUUGGUGAUGGUCAAUUGUCUCUUUGUUCCGGUCAUGAGAUACCACAACUGGAGGCAGCUUGUAAACGUGCCUUUACAGAUUUUGCCGUAAAAAUAACUUUCAUCAUUGUUCAAAAACGAAUAAAUACCCGAUACUUUGCUAUGAAUAGAUCCAGUAUCGAUAAUCCUCCUCCAGGUACAAUCGUUGACGAUUGUAUAACGCGUUCAAAGAUGUACGAUUUUUAUCUAGUAUCACAAACUGUACACCAAGGCACAGUUACACCGUCUCAUUAUAUAGUAUUAAGAGACGAUGCUAAGUAUAGUCCUGAUAUUAUACAAAGGCUGACUUAUAAACUCUGCUUCAUGUAUUAUAAUUGGCCAGGCACUAUUCGCAUACCGGCCUGUUGCCAAUAUGCGCAUAAAAUGGCAUAUCUCAUCGGUCAAAGCAUAAGGAGAGCUACUUCGGAAGAGCUUUCUGACAGACUAUUUUACCUAUAAGAUUUUUUAUGAUUAAGGAAAAUUUUGUAUUGAUUACAAAAUUAUUUAAAUAUUAUUAAUUUCUGCCGUUCCUUUGUGAAUGAAAAAAAGCACAAGAAACAUUUUUGAAUGAAUACUUUUAAUUUUUUACGACUUGGAUAUACAUCAAGUGUGUUUCUGUUUUGUUACCUUUAUGAAUAAGAAAUAGUUAAAAAAAACGUUUUUUUUUUUUUAAAGAAUUGUAAUUUUUACGACUUGAGUAUAUUAAGAAGUAGAAGAGAGAACUGCUUUUUUUCUAGCUAAAUAUUUACUAGCAGAAAUUAGCUGCUGUCAUAUGAAGAAAUAGCUGUCAAAAACUUGUGUAAUCAAGCCAUAUUUGCCGUAUUUGAUUUGCUUUUCUUCAUUUUAAUAUUUUUGAAUUGUUAAAAUAAAAAUAAGAUUCAUUAAAUAAAGAUGAAUGCACAAAUUGUGAGUUUUUGAAAACAGGAUUGGAUUUAAAUAAUAAUACAAAUUUAAAUAUU